AGCGUUCUCAUCGCCUGGCGCGGGCCCGCUGCGUCACGGUGACGUCGCGGCGUCGCUGAGAUGACGCUGUCGGUGGCAGUGGUAGUAAUGUGCGGGCUCGUGCUGCCGUUUCACAUCUCCACGCAUCGCCCGUGCGUUUAAACCUUCCCAGCGCCGCCCCUCACGCAUGGAGUUGCGCACCGAGACGGUCCUGGCGAGUCUGGAGAUGUCGGAGGUGAAAAGAGACGGCGGAUCGUCGGAGGGCGACGAGGAUUACGAGAGUUUGCCCGCUCACGCGUCCCUGUGCACGCACAUGACAGCGGGCGCCGUGGCUGGAGUGCUGGAGCACACAGUCAUGUACCCCGUGGACUCGGUCAAGACACGUAUGCAGAGUUUACAGCCGGACCCGAAGGCUCAGUACCGCAGUGUGUACGGUGCACUGAAGAGGAUUGUGAGGACUGAGGGCCUCCUUCGGCCCUUGAGGGGCCUCAAUAUCACUGUACUGGGGGCCGGUCCCGCACACGCACUCUAUUUCGCCUGCUACGAGCGGAUCAAGCGCAGCCUUAGUGACGUCAUACAGAACGGAGGCAACAGUCACAUUGCUAACGGUGUGGCGGGAAGUGUUGCCACUGUCCUCCACGAUGCUAUCAUGAACCCAGCAGAAGUGGUGAAGCAGAGGAUGCAGAUGUAUAACUCUCCGUACCGCAGCCUGUAUGACUGCGUCCUGACGGUCAGUCGCAAGGAAGGCCUGGCCGCCUUCUACCGCAGCUACAGCACUCAGCUGACCAUGAACAUCCCCUUCCAGGCCGUCCACUUCAUCACGUAUGAAUUCAUGCAGGAACAUUUUAACCCCCAGCGCCAGUACCGGCCCGAGACGCACAUCCUGUCUGGAGCGGCGGCCGGAGCCGUGUCCGCUGCCGUAACCACUCCACUAGACGUGUGCAAGACGCUGCUAAACACGCAGGAGAACGUGGCGCUCAGCUCCGCACACGUUAGCGGACAUCUCUCCGGCAUGGUCAACGCACUCAGGACAGUGUACCGAUUGGGCGGCGUGCCGGCCUUCUUUAAAGGCAUCAGAGCACGGGUGAUUUAUCAGAUGCCUUCUACAGCCAUCGCCUGGUCCGUGUACGAGUUCUUCAAAUACUUUCUGACCCAGCAGGAACCACACAUCCAGGAGCUGAGGAGAGACGCUCACAAGGCCAGCCCUACAUGAGGCCCGCUAGCACCGAAUCCGUUCAGCCCAUCCAAAGAGUGAGCGUGAGGAUCAGCGGACGACGGAAGACGCCUUCGGCUCAAAGGGGAAUGUAGACGCUCAUUUCUUAUGCAGUAGACACUCCAGCAGCUUCUGUGUUUGUUGCUAACGUAUUAAUUUAUUGGAAGAGUUUAAUGUUGUUACAAGAAUGUAUGGAUGCUGCACACUACAGAACGUUUCUUGUAAACAUGACGGAAACAGGAAGGUAAAGAUGAGUCGAUGUUUUGUUUGUAUUCUCACUUGCAUAACAUAUUUAUGAUUGAGCGUGAUGGUGUGCGUCUGGAUUUAUAUAUGCACACACACCGUCUGCUCAGUGACACAACAAACCCAUGCGGUAGAACAUUUCUUAUUUGAUUUUAUUGGCUUUUUUUUUAGACAUUUUAAUAUUUUAGGGAUUCAGGAGAGUUUGUUUUUAUUACUUUAUUAUUUUUGUUAGUAUUUUAUCAUUUAAGACAUUCCUGAAUUGUGUUGCUCAAGAAGAAGACUGAUUUUUAUUAUUAUUGCCUAAUCAUCUAUGAAAGCUGCCUGAGCUUCAAACGUUGCAUUUUUCUGGUUUUUCAAUUUGGACACACUUUUUUUUUUUUUUUUGAUUUCCAAAGAAUUGGAUACUAAUUUAAUCAAACUGCCUAAAUUCCAUCACACUAAAGACCUUAUGAUUUCUAAAUCCAUAGUGUAUUGUAAUUUACUCUAAAUUAUUUUGAUUUUACUAGUAGUUUUUUGUGUGAUAACUUUUUCUCUUGCUGUGUAAGGACAUAGCAGUCAAGCCUGUGACGUAAUUAUGAGAUGUGAUCUAUGCAGUGGAUUUUGCAGCUUUAGAAGUUUUUCUGCGUGUUAAAACCCUGAGAGCGUGCAGCUCAAAUCCCAAACCCAGAAUGAAAUCUUUAUUCCUUAAUGAAGCAGAUCAGAGGUUUCAUAACUGUGACAAUCUAUUUGAGUCUGGGAGCAGAUUUAUUCGGUUUCUGAGCUGUUUGUGAAUAUGCAGCUGACUCAUCCUUUGUGUUCUGCCUCUCUGUGAAUCUCUAGAUUCAGUCACCCGUUCAGAAUAAAGCUUGCCUUGUUUUCCAGAAAUAGACCUUAGAGUCAGAGUAGAUGGCAUAUUUCAUUUGUUACGAAUGAAAACGAGGCUGUAUGAGACAUGGAGAAUCCAAAAAAGAUGGCUUUUCAGUGUUUUUUCGUCCUAGUGAUUAACAAGCAGAUGCAGGUUCAACUAAUAGGGCCUCUUAUGUUAAAUUAAAACAGAAUUUCUGUAAAUUGAAGCCAUAGUUAACUGAAAAGUAAAUAUAGUAAUUUUCAAAUCAUUUCCUAAACGAUUUAACUUUUGGUCGUCUACAAAAACAAAUGAAGACAUUUUAAUAUUCUCAUAAUUUUUGUCCAGCCAUUGACAACCAAACUGUUCAAGCCUCAAAAAGUUCAUAAAGACGCCAUAAAAGUGGCUUGGUUUAAGCCAAGUCUGCUGAAGAGACACAAAUGCUUUAUAUAAUGAACCGAUUUAAUUUAGGCUUGGAUUCACACAUAAACAUAGAUCAACAAACAUACAUAUAGUGCAUCAAAUAUGUUAA